AACCGUACGCGGAGGCGUGUUCGGCCUUUCUAUGGCGGGAGCAGCUGGCGGCUCUUUUACGGCCGUGUAGGCUGCGGCACUGGCCGUGUCCGGCCGACCUGGGUGCCCGGACCCAAGGGGAGAUGGAAGUGAAGAGCCAAAGCUCGCGGUAUUGGAGGUGGUAAGAGUGAAGGGUCCUGGCUUUGAUUACUGUGGCCGCGCUGGCUAGAAGACCUUGUCUUUGUGUUGAUCCAGAACGUUUAAAUGACGUUGUGCUCGUAGCUGGCUUACGUGAGAGCGAGGUGCCCUAGACCUGCACGUAGGCGGCCCUCGGUGCGUAUGUCUGUGCCCCGAUGGUCUCUUUCUCUCUCCCUGCCGCGCUGCGCUGCUCCUUGGCUGAAUCGGUUUUUAGGAGGGGCUCUUAGCAGCCCGCUGUCUUCCGAAAGCUGAAUAAACUUUGCAGCCGCUUUGAAGGACUGUAACCUCCCGUUUUUUCAGCUGGUCUCUGGAGUGACAGGCCUUCAGUCUCUGCACUCAGCUGUGACUGUGUGCUGUUGUCUCCGGAUCCCAGGCUGAGAAAUGCCCAGCAAUUCGGUGUCAGAAUUGGAAUGACUGUAACUCCUCCGAAGCCAUGGAGGAUAAGAGAAGCAGGGAUCUCUGAGGUCUACUGCUGAGCAAAAAUUUCUGACCCCUUCCAGACUUCCCCUGUCAGCCCCUCUUGACUUCUGAAGGAGGCUCCACAUCCCCGUAAAUCAUUCUGAAAACGGCGUAGACGAAAUCCUCCUUUCAUUUGCCGAGUUAAUUGAGAGCUGUCUGCAGCCAUCCGCACUUGUAAGAAAAGCCCAGGAUGCCUGGAUGACGCCUAAAACACAACCCUUUCCCAGUAUCUGGCCCAGAAACCAAGUCCAGAUCAAAUUCGCCUUUGGAAGUCCUCUGUAGAACUUUGGUGGGAAAGGCCCCUAUUGAGUUGUUCUGACAAGUCACGCUGCAAUAAGAGCCAGAGGAAAAGCUGUGUAGAUAGUUGCGAGCCAAGCCCGAGGCUCUCCUUUUCUGGGUGCAUUGUCAGUAGGAAUUGGGUCACCUUAGAUAGAUUCUGUGGAAUCCCACCCUUUAUUUCCUUAACUAUUAGUGCUCUUGGCAUUUACCCUGGUCCUGUGGCUAAACUCCAGACUAAUGUAAAUCGCAUCCAUGCCCACAAUGAAGCAAGAGAUGAUGAACAUACGCGUCAUUGUCAUCACGGUGCUCCUACGACUUGGCCUGGCAGCUCAUGCCCUUCCACAGCAUCCCUUUAUCACAUCGAUACAAAGGGCCGUUACUGCUGCAAACUUAACAGAUUGCUGGGUCUGUUAUAAAGUGGGUAAUAUGGAAAGUGAGGUUUCCCUGAUCCCCAUUCCAGCUCCGCUCUCCCACUGGGUCAACGAAUCCAUAUACGGCGUGUAUUACUCUUCCUCCUACUCUAAAUACCAGUAUCUGUGGAGAUACACAGGCCGGCCCCUCUCCCCUGAAUAUGGGAAAGGACUGAAAUACAAAGUACACGUGAGCCGCUCCUUUUACACUUACCACAUUGCAGGACGUCCACAAUAUCGAAUACAACACCGAGGUCAGUAUCCGCUGUGUAUCCAAAAUGACAAUGGAACUGUGUACUUGGGCGAUGUUCCGGAGGAGAGAUGUGCCCAGACUCUGUGGUUUGAUACUGAUGAUGGCACGUGGGAAGUGGACCCUGGGUCCAACAGCGGAGGAAACCUAAAAUGCGGGAAGACCUCCCCGAUGACAUUCUGGGGGAAAGAGAGCUACUCCAACUUCACCGUCCUCCCCCUCAAUUAUACCUCUGCUGGCUGGGAAAGUGAAACAAAGAACUAUCAUAAUGACACUUUGUAUGUGCUCGCUGAAGGGGGAGAGAUUGUCCACGCAAGCUUCAAUAUGUCAAGCUGCCCUGGGGAAGGAUCUUUUGUCAACUUUACACUUUUAUACCAGAUGUUUGAGUCUAUACUUUGUGCCUAUAAUGACACCCCUUGGCACCAUUUGACCCAUUUGUGGAAAAACUUUGACAAGCGAUGCCCGUGGUACUUUGAAACAGGUACUCUGAUGAUACAGGGGAAAGAACGAUGGUCACCAAAUUCCACCUGGGCCCAAUAUUCUGGCAACAGGCUUACUCUGUCCCUAGUGAGAGUGCCGGGGCUUUAUUUCAUUUGUGGUGAUUAUGCUUAUAAGGCUUUACCUCCAGGGUGGGGAGGAACAUGCACCAUCGCUUAUCUAGUCCCUGAUCUACAGAUUCACAAGACCUUGACCUCUACAUCUGUUCCCAACCCCGGGAGCUUCAUUAAUCGGUUUCAUAAACGUACCACUAAUCCUUUGGCUGAGAAACCCUCAGGAUUCCAUGCUUUUGCCCGAGCCUUGUUCCCAUGGCUUGGGAUUUUGGAAAUUGAGAAGGCAAUAGUGAAUAUGUCUGCAGCCGUGGAAGAAGGCUUCAGCGCCACCCUGGAUGCCAUUUCCAACCUGCGGCUGGAGGUAGACCCCCUGUCCCAGGUGGUGGUUCAGAGUCGGAUGGCGCUAGACAUGAAACGGGCGCAACAAGGAGGAGUUUGUGCAUUUAUCAACACCAUGUGUUGUUUCUAUGUUGAUAAAAAGAACCAGAUAAGUCAGAAUGUUACCAAGUGGAAAACCUUAAUGAACACAGACCCCGAGUAGUCCUGGCUUGGCGAGACUCCAAAGGAGCUCGGGGGAAACAGUGUAGGAUGCAAGCAAGAGUGCCCUCGCCUCCAUGGAGGGCCCUAGGAAGUGCCUUAAUGUGGCUAGCCUUAGUAGAGACUCAACUGGUCUCUGUCUAUUGCAGUAUGCUGCCUGUCGCCUGUCAUUUCUGCUACGGUGCUGAACCUUCUAGUACAAGGGCUACCAAAAACCAAACCCAUGCUUGAAGAGUCACUUUCUAGUUGGUGGCUCCCCUACUUAGCUUUGAGUAAUCUUUCCUUUUUCAGCUGGUCCCUGAAGUUACUGACCCAGCUGGUAGGUGAGAUUCUCCCUGGGCUCUUCUGGAUUUCAGGUUGAGAGAUUCUCAAUCAGUUCCUUUAUUAGACUGCAAGCUCCAUGGGAGGGCUGCCAUAUACAUUUUGUAGCUUCCACAACAUUCAGCAGGGCACUCUGUACGCAGUGUCUGCUUAAUAAGUACCGUAUCAUCCAAUUGUUGCUUUUUUUCUGAUGAAAAAUAGUGUAAAGGGACGUACAGUUUGACUUAAAUACUUCUGAAACUUGUAAUGAUUUUAUAAGUAAAAAGUUGUUUUUAAAAUGAAA